UCAGGGCCGCGCGCGGCUGGAGGGGGAGCCACAAAUAGCGAGCCGGGGCGACGCGGCCCCGGGUUUUGUGUGACGACGCCAGUAGCCAGACGCGCUCCGAGCUGUGUGGUGGCAGUAGGCAUUCAGUGUGAAUAGGGAGCGUGCGCCCGACGGACCGUCUGUGUCCCCGCUUUGCUCCUCGCUAGAGUGCGUUUCUCGUCUGAACCCCCCAAAUUUUUUGGGGCGCCUCUCUCGCGCGUUUGGGGAAAAGUUGUGGGUGGGACGGCAGCAGUUUGCGGCGCCACCGACGGCGCAGCGCUGAAGACAGAGCAGCGAGUUCCGCCGGCACCGGAGCGGUCGCGCCGCGGGUGAAUGCUGCGAGCCGCGGCCGCCGUGCCGUCGCCAGCCGCCUGCGCCGCCAGUCCAGCCCGCUGUUCGCGCCGUAGUCGUCGCUCCCCGCGGUCAAGCUGUACGCGCACAGGGAAGAAGAUAUGCUCACGAUGGAGACGGACCUUAAGGGGGGAAGCCUCCACGGGCAGAUGCCGCCGCACCACGCGGCGGCCGGCCUGCACGGGCACGCCGUCUCCACGUACGGCGCGCUCAGCUCCAUCGUGCACAGCUCGGCGCUGUCCGGCAACGUCAUGGGCGGCGUCAUGAGCCUCGGCCCGCCGCCCCCGCACACGCUGCAGCAGCAACAGCAGCAGCAGCAGCAACAACAGCAGCAGCACCAGCACCACGCGGCGCUGGCGCACCACCAGCAGCAACAGCAGCAGCACCAACAGCAGAGCGCGCUGGCCGCGCAGCAGCAACAGCACCACCAGACUCAGACGCAGCAGUCGCAGGCGCCGCCGCAGCAGCAGCAUCACGGCCCGCCCAACAACAACACCGCCAGCAGCAAGAACCAGAACGUCGACCGCGUCAAGAGGCCGAUGAACGCCUUCAUGGUGUGGUCGCGCGGCCAGCGACGCAAGAUGGCCCAGGAGAACCCGAAAAUGCACAACUCCGAGAUUUCCAAGAGGCUGGGUGCCGAGUGGAAGCUGCUGUCGGAGUCGGAGAAGCGGCCGUUUAUCGACGAGGCGAAGAGGCUGCGCGCCGUGCACAUGAAAGAGCACCCGGAUUACAAGUACCGGCCGCGCCGUAAGACGAAGACGCUGCUAAAGAAGGACAAAUAUCCGGGCCUGGCGGGCGGGAUACUGCCGGGCGGCGGCGACGCGGCGUCCAGAAGCGCGGCGGCCGCCGCCGCGGCCACGGCCGCCGCAGUCCAGCAGGCGGUCAACCGCGGGGACGUCUACCAGAUGCCGAACGGCUACAUGCCCAACGGCUACAUGAUGCACCACCAUCACCACCACCACCACGAGGCCUACCAGCAGCAGCAGCAGGCGCAGGCGGCGUACAACGCGCACAUGGCGGCGGCCAGCGGGGGCGGCUACGCGCCGCGCUACGACAUGUCGCAGAUGCACCCCAACGCGGCGACGGCGGCCGCCGCGAGCGCCUACAUGAACGGCGCGGCGGCGUCCUACGGCGGCAUGUACGCCGCGGCCGCGGGGCCCGGCUCCGGGGGCGGCGGCCAGCCCGGCGCCACCAACGGCAGCGUCACCGUGCCCGGCGGCGCCGGCUCGCCCUACCAGCAGCCGUCGCAGAUGUCGCCCGGCAGCUCGAGCAUCAAGUCGGAGCCCGUGUCGCCCGGCAGCGCGGGCCUGCACACGCCCACGCCGGUGGUGAAGCGCGAGUACGCCGCCGCCCCCGCGCAGGGCGACCUGCGCCAGAUGAUCUCCAUGUACCUGCCCACCGACCCGUCUGCCGGCGUGCCCGACCACCACCAGCAGCAACAGCAGCAGCACCAGCAGCAGCAGCAACAGCAGGCGGCGGCGGCGGCCGCGGCGCGCUACUACCACCAGCACUCCGCGUCGCCCGACCCCAUGGCGGCCCAGAUGCAGACGCUGGCGCACAUGUAGGGACCGGCGCCGCCGCUCGCCGCGGCGGCCGCCGCCGACAUCAGCCAGUGCCAGACGCCCACGCCGCCCCCGCAGGCGGCGCACCUCCAGCAGCAGGCCGCCUGGACGCCGUGCUCCUACUGACGCGACGCUGGUAGGCGUGACCUGUGUGUCGUCUUGUGCUCAAGCUCGUCGGCAAACGUUACAGACCACGACAGACUCCUAACGGACCUCCGAUAUCUUAGGGGAUAGCUUCCCGGCGCGAUAACUCCACGUACCUCCGCCACAGCCCCGCCUUCCGAUAAAAAACUCUCACAAACCGGCUGUCUCCUCUACACGAACUCUCACCACGGAGACGUUAUCCUGCAAAGACGCCGGUUUAUGAUUUCUUCACACUUUGUACGGAGGCCAAAUCUCGCGGAGUCCGAGCAGUAUUUCUCUUUUUCUUGUCACUAAGCCCAUUUCCACUUGUUCCGCGUCUACGCAAGCACAUAAAAUUCGUAUAGCCAUUUACCCGUACAUUGCCUUUCAUUUUCUCGUGUUUGUUUUAGCCAGCCAGUAACUGUCCUCCCACGCUGUGUACGUAAUUCCGUCGUAGCCGCAAGGGAAGGGACAGAGAGUGAUAAAGAGAGACACACGAUUAUAGAAUUGUGUGUCGCGUGCACGUAGGCCUUUUGGUUCCGUUUGUCGUCUCAGAAAGAAACACGGUAAGCAAAUUCUACAUUUUUGUUUUUUCUUCCCUCUUUUUAAUAAUACAAACGUAGUUCUCUCCCCUGUCUGAGCCGAAGUCACGGUAAAACACAGAUUUUUAUGUCUCAUUAAAUAUAGCGAGUGUACAGUUUUGCAUUUCAAAAUUUUAUGACGAUAACGAGCGAAAUGAGGAACUCUCUUUUUUUCUUUUCGGAGAGGAACGAGAGCUUUGUUUUCCAGUCUCUGUGACUUGUUAUUUACUGUCCUUCCUGAACUUAUUGUUUUAAAGAUAAAAAUAAUAUUAUGCGUUGUAUAGACUUGUAAGCUUCAAUUUCUUCAACUGUUGACUUGCCGAAUUACAAUGGAGGAAGUUCAUUAACUGAGUCUUCGUAAAGUAAACGUACUUGAAUUGUUUCACAUUUGUCACCCACAGAGUAUUUGUACAAAUCCUAAGGAGAUAAUCCUACGUUUUUUAUGUAUAUCCGUGAGUGUGAUAUAGUCAGUGGCUAAAUUUAUGUGAAUAUAAUAUAUUAAUAGUCUGCAUCGAACAUUCCAUUUCGUGCUCUUUUUUCUGAUAGCCAUAAUUGGCUAUUUUGUGUUCAUACAUAUCCCAAAAAAAACAGAAUCUUGGAAUUUCCGUAUGUUUGUAAAUACUUGCACAUCUUGUUGUAUAUAAUAUGAUAAAAAUUUCGCCCCGUUUGAAAAAAUGAAAUAAACUAAAUAUUUAAA